AUGCCUCUUCGUCCAUCACGCAGCAGCGACUACACUGUCGGCUGGAUCUCGGCCAUUCAGACGGAGUAUGUAGUUGCCUGCGAGCUACUUGAUGAAGAAUAUGACCCAUUGCCGCUCAACUGGGAAAAUGAUAAUAAUGUGUACACUUUCGGACGGAUCUCCUCGCAUUUGGUUGUGUUGGCAUGCUUGCCAAAGGGAAAAUAUGGCCUCACGUCUGCGACUUCGGUGGCUAAAGAUAUGCUUCGCAGUUUUCCAUCCCUCCGAUUUGGGCUUAUGGUGGGCAUCGGAGGCGGUGCCCCGUCGUCUAAGCAUGACAUCAGGCUCGGGGAUGUGGUAGUGAGUACUCCUGUGGGAAGCUCUGGCGGUGUAAUCCACUACGAGUUCGGUAAAGCUAUUCAGAACAAGGCCUUUUUGCGAACAGGCAGUCUCAGUCCCAGUCCCCCACUUCUUCUAGCUGCUAUCCAUCAACUCAGUUCCCUUCAUGAGCGUCGUGGCCACCAGAUUUUGAAGACUAUUGACGAUUUGGUCGAUGGUAACAGCAGGCUCCAGAAAUAUCGACGCCCAGCUCUUGAAGCAGAUGUGCUGUAUAGGGCAACUUUCACUCAUGCGGAUGAAGGCAAAAGCUGUAAGGACAUAUGUAACCCCGAUAUCGCGGAAACAGUCCUCCGUGUGGUUCGAGGGCCGGAUCACGACGAUCCAGCCAUUCAUUAUGGACUAAUUGCCUCUGCCGAUCGCUUAAUGCGAGAUGCACAAGUAAGAGACGCACUUGCUGAGGCGGAGGACGUCUUGUGUUUCGAAAUGGAAGCUGCAGGUCUCAUGGACAGUUUUCCCUGUGCUGUGAUACGCGGUAUCUGCGAUUAUGCUGAUACACACAAGAACGACGUUUGGCAAGGCUAUGCGGCUGCAACAGCGGCUGCAUACGCAAGAGAACUACUAGUUACGAUUCCGUCCGGUCCACAUGUGGAUGCUCCAGUACCCAAGAGCUCCACACACCCUGCACUUGUCAUUACGCCUUCGAAGAUCCUCUUCACAGUUCCGUUUGGACGUGAUCCCCUAUUUGUUUCUCGAACUUCGAUCUUCAAAGCAGUCGAAGACGGACUCAGGGAAAAUCAGAGGGCAGUCCUGUAUGGACUUGGAGGAACAGGGAAGUCUCAGAUCGCCAUAGAAUUUGCACAUCUGUAUCAUAGAGAGCACCCAGAAAGCCAUGUUCUAUGGAUAUACGCCGCUACGCACAGCAGGUUCACACAAUCCUGCCAAAAGAUAACAUCUUGGUUACGAUUGCCAGGAAGUGAAGAUGCAACAAAGGAUAUGUGCAGUCUUUUAGCUCGGUGGUUAGAUGAUGAAGAAAACGGGCCAUGGCUAUUGGUGCUUGAUGGCGCCGAUGACGAUGAUACUAUUCUCGGUCAACAUACACCCAAUCCAGCGCCAGUCGAACCAGUAAUCGACUUUCUCCCUCGACUGCUAUCCCCCACUCGUCAGCUUCUAUUCACGACCAGAAGUCGAGACAUUGCCGACUCACUUGUCGCGGCAGGCACGCCUAUUCAGGUCGGACCAUUCUCAGCGGAAGAAGCCCAGCUGCUUCUCACACGAAAGCUGGAGAACGAGAUUACCAUCCCUUCUGAUGGCUCUGGAGAUAAGUUGUUAGAACUGCUGGGAUACGUGCCACUCGCCAUCACGCAAGCUGCCGCAUUUAUAAGGCGCAAUGGCGGUCACUUUAGGCAAUACUUGGAUGCAUUCGAACACAGCGCCAGCGACAGAAAUCUUCAACUAAGCGUUGAGCUUCAGGAUCACCGUCGUGAGCGUGGACUACCCAACUCGAUCUUCCGUACAUGGAAGCUCUCUUUUGAUCAAAUCCAGCAACAGGAUCCAGAAGCCGCAGACCUUCUCUCAUUGAUGUCUUUGUUGGAUGGACAGUCGAUUCCAGAAGAAUUGAUCAGAGACCCGCGAAGCAGUGAAAUGGCGCGACGUUACAGCUUCGGAACCAUUUUCAGCUACUCACUUGCUAACCAAAGCCGAAACAACACGUUGAGCAUGCAUCCACUUGUGCAGAUGUCGGUGAGGUACUGGCUAGAAUGCGAGGACCGAAUGGAUGAGUUUGUGCAAAAGGUGGUCGAGUUAUUGGCUUCGAAUUUUCCAACAGUUCAGUACGAGAAUCGAGCGGUAUGUCAGUCGUUGCGGCCUCAGGCGGUCACUGCUCUGCAAUAUCAGGCGAGCUGUGAUGGUUUUGGGGCACAAUUGCUUCAUAAACUGGCGUGGUUUGAGCUAGACUCUGGAUACUUGGAGCAAGCCGAGAGUCAUGUCAGAAAAUCAUACGAUGCUAGACAACGGAUUUUGGGCGAGGGGUCAUUAGAAACACUGAGCACUCUCUCCCUUUAUGCGACAAUCCUUCAAGCUCGAGGAAAGUAUGUGGCGGCUCAGGACAUGCAGGAGCGGGCGUUAGAUAGUCGACGUGAAAUACUUGGAUCUGAUCACCCCCACACCAUCCGAACUAUGAAUAACCUGGCCACAAUAUUGCGAGACCGAGGGAAGUACGAUACGGCUGAAGAACUUCAUCGCAAAGCUUUGGCCGCUCGUGAGAAACUUCUUGGUCAUACCCAUCCAGACACCCUGAUCAGUGUGAAUAACCUUGCGCUAUUACUACGGGAUCAAGGUAAGUAUGAGGCUGCUGAGGAGCUCCACCGCCGAGCUCUUGAGGGUCAAAAGGAAACGCUGGGUCCGCGGCACCCAAGCACAUUGACCAAGUUACACAAUCUCGCACUGAUUCUCACUGACCAAGGCAAAUACCAGAAUGCUGAGCAGUUGCACAGAGAGGCACUGAAGGGCAGGGAGGAAGCUUUAGGCCUCAACCACCCAGACACCUUGAAGAGUCUCAACAACUUGGGCACGGUGUUGGCCAACCAAGGGAAGUUUGAUGAGGCUGAGGAGGUAUCGCGCAGAGCAUUGAUGGGUCGUGAAAAGUCUGUGGGUCCAGAUCAUCCAGACACGUUGAAAAGCCUGAAUAAUCUGGCCAACGUGCUGGUCAGUCAGGACAUGUUUCAAGAGGCUGAGAAGCUGCAGAAAGCUGCCUUGGAAGGGCGUGAACGGGUGCUCGGUAUGAGCCAUCCAGACACUUUGAGAAGUGUUCGUGAUAUGGCGUUCAUGGAUCGACUAGCCGGGCGUCUCGAAGAGUCGGCAAAGAAAUAUGAACGAGCGUUGGAAGGUUUCCGACUUGUCCUGGGCGAAUCCCACCCAGCUACGAGGAACUGUACACAGCAACAUGAGAGGUUGAAGGCCGACUUGGAGGAUAGUGAUACCCUCGAAAUACAAGCUGUGGGCAGAAAGAAGCGGAAAGUGUACAGGAGAAGGGCUCGAAAAGCAGCAAACGACUAA